AUGAAGUCGCAGCAAACUGUGCUCCGGCACAUUUGCAGAGGUAUGGUCCCAACCCUCAGGUCUCCGAAGUGUGCCUUUCUUAGCCAACGCCUUCUUCCAGUUCACCCGGCGACGUCAACAUCCUCCCUGCCCGCCUCCGCCCUCAGAGCCUUUCACUCCACCCCAUUCCGGUAUGCCGAUACGCAGUCAGACUCCAAGUCAAAGUCGACACCGGCGACUUUGGAAGCUGUGGCUCCAUCGCCCGCGAACAACGUGAGAGCGACGCAGGCCAAGGUGCAGGAACAGCUACAACAGGAGCGAGAGAGAGAACAAGCGAACUUCGCGCAGGGUCAACUAGCUCAAAGCUCCAUCUUUUUCAAACACAGGCCCGAUGCUCUUACCGGAAAACCUACAGAGGAGAAGAAGAAGAACAAGAAGAUGAAGGACGAUCUUUUAGCUUCGAGGCCUCUAUCUUCCCGCAAUACAUCUAACAUGGCACUUGUCCUGAACCCGCGCCCUGUUGCCCGAUCGCGGUGGCAGCGAAAAAUGGUUAUCAGGCAUAUCCAACGACGUGGCCGCUUAACCAAGGAGAUGCAAAUCGCGAGGACUGAACGGAGUCACAUGUCUCGCUCGCACUUCUUCAAGACUUCUAUGAAGAAACUCGCCCCUCUCACGAGACAGAUCGCAGGAAAAUCCCUUGACGAGGCAAUACUCCAGAUGCGUUUUUCCCGAAAGAAAGUCGCCAAGGAAGUCCGUGAGCACCUUCUCCAGGCCAGGAACGAGGCCAUCACCGCCAAAGGCAUGGGCUUAAAGGAGGGUCGGACGCUGGCCGAGUCCAAAGCUCUUAUACGAGAUCCUAGCCAGUCCAGACCGCUUCCCCACGAGACUCCUAUGAAAACCAAAAGGCAAGGCAUUACACCUGAUCCCACCGAAAUCUACUUGUCUGAGGCAUGGACGAACCGUGGUCCAUACGGUCGGGAGCCAGACUACCGAGCCAGAGGCCGGGCGAACGUGAUGCGGCCACCAUAUACAGGCAUGACCGUGGUAUUGAAGGAGCAACAGACGAAAACGAGGAUAGCUGCAGAAAAGGAGGCCAAAGCCCUUAAGAAGCGUCUGCAGAAGAAAAUAUGGGUACAGUUGCCGGAUCGUCCAGUAGUGACACAGCGACAGCACCUUCUGUGGUAG